AUGCGAAAGCUUUUCUGGGCAAGAGCUCCAGGUGACUUCUCUCACUUUGUAGUGAGUCACAUGGGGCAUGCAGCUGUUCGGCCAUGCGGGCUGCUGCUCGACGCCUCCCUUUCCCUUCGCCUUUCCCCGAGUUGUGUCCGGCGCAUGGGCGGCUUGGGCGGCUUGGGCUCCAGUCUCAGCACCGCCAGCCGACCAGGUGGCAAGGAAGCGGCGCGCUGCCAGAACAUGGCGGGCUGCGCUGUGGACAAAAUGAGGGAUUUCGUAGUUCAAAGCUCUUGUGUCUCUGUGUGUGUGUGUUUUUUGACGUGGCCCUGCACCAGGAGUUGCACUGCAGCUGGAUUUUGGGCUUGA